AUGGCAUAUACCAAGCUUAGUCCGUUGCUCGCCAUCCUCUUGUCUUCGAAGUAUGUGGACGCUGCUAUGAUACGGGCGCCGACACCUGCUGUCACGCCUGCGCCUGCUGCUACAGCUGCUCCGCUUGCCGUCAGGGACAUCACUACCAUUGGUUAUAUAUCCACGGGCAUGUAUGGCAGUACUACACUGUAUGAAACCAUCACAGCGAACAAUGAGGGUCAUGUCAUUGCAACAUCAGGUAGUCUUUACAAGAUCUGCGCCCCGGAGUCACUUUGCGAGUUCUUUUCUUGCGAAAAUGAUUAUGCAGUGUUUCCCACCACGAGUAUCUUCUGUGGAGGCUCAAGCAGUACAUGUAGCUACUGGGAACUCGCAACAGAUAUCAAUGACCCUGCACCACUGACCAACUACUGGUGUGAUGCCAAGACGGAGACUGGUGGACUGAUCUUGAUGGUCACACCUGAUGAUGACUCUUCGACCUCCCCGAAUACGGGCUCAGCUUCGAAUACCCCACUGUUCUCAUCCUUCACGCCUGUGUCCGGUUCCGAUACUCCAGAAUCCUCGGAUAUACCAGCCGCUCUGCCACCCUCGGCAGAGGUUAAAAAGUCUAAGAAAUCAACCCCAGUCGGUGCCAUCGCUGGUGGAGUGGUCGGUGGCGUCGCUCUUCUAGCCGCCGUCGUUCUAGGUGUCUUCUUCUUACUUCGUCGCAAGCGGAAGCAGCAGAACAACACCACUACUAAUAACAACGUGCCACAGCCACCUACCGCACCCCAGGCACCACCGGCAGGCGUUCAGUACUACCAUGAGCAGAAGCCAGUUCCUCAGCAACAGGUCCAACAGAUGCCUUCUCCACCUCCUCAACAACAACCACACUACGGUCAUUAUGAUCCCAACGCGCAACAGGCGCCGCAGUUCUAUGAUCCCAACGCUCAGUCUGCGUAUGCUGCGCAGCAGGGUAGCUAUGCGAUGCCAGAGAAGACACCCGCUGUGACGAACCCGGUACAGGCAAAUCCAUACUAUGCGGACAACAGUGGACCAGUGAGCCCUGUGCCACAAUACACGCCUUCCAUGUCGCCGGCAGUUCCGGCGAACGUUAAUGAGCUACCGGCUGGGAGGACGUAA